AUACCUGCGCUACCGCGUGCACAUAUCAUAUUUUCCAGUCGAACACCAAUUAAAAGGCUGGGAAGCCUCAGAGGCUGUCGACGCUGUUUUGUACUGAUAACGGAGGAAGAGGUUACGUGGAACAUCGAGUCGCACAACGGGCCGCAGCAAACAUCAUCAAGCACGUUUCUCAGAACGUGUCAACAAUGAGCACCGCGGAUAAGGACAAUGACGAGGGGAGAGGAUGGAUUAGGAUUCUGCUGAUUACGACGUUCGUUGCGUUGAUAUUUUUGGACUUACCGGUUCUCUGCGCAUCUCACGGCCAUGGCGAUCACGACCAUCAUCACCAUGAUCACGAUCACAUCGAGGAACCACCUAGCUUCAAGUACUCCAAACAAGUCAACGAGCAAGCUGCUAAACAAAACGCACAUGUUCAUGUGCACAAUGAUCAUGUCCAUGAUCACCAUCACCAUAAAGAGGAUGAGGAUGAGAAUCCGCACUGGAGACCACUGUCCACUUAUUUAGACCAUAAGGGAGAUGUGUUUAUUCAAGCAAUGGGAUCAACCCUCCUCAUAUCUUGUGCUCCGUUUGUUUUGUUGUUCUUUGUGCCUUUGGACAAUACUAGUGAGCGUGAACCCUUGUUGAAAAUAUUGUUGAGUUUUGCAUCGGGUGGUCUUCUUGGUGAUGCAUUCCUGCAUCUGAUACCUCAUGCUCUUCCUCACAGCCAUGAUCAUUCGCAUGAUCAUGAGGGAGGACACAGUCACGAUAUGUCAGUAGGAUUAAGUGUUCUGGCUGGUAUUAUUACGUUCCUACUCGUUGAAAAGACUGUUCGUCUCAUUAAAGGAGAUCAUGAUCACCAUCAUCAUCACCAUGGUGCUGUUGAGGAGAAGAAGGAUACCGUUAAAGAGAAGAAAGAUACCAGUGACAAGAAGAAAAACAGCGGAAGCAAUGACAAGUCAGAAAAGAAGCAACCUGUUGAUAUUAAAGUUGCUGGUUACUUGAACUUGGCUGCUGAUUUUCUACAUAAUUUUACCGAUGGUCUGGCAAUAGGAGCGAGUUACCUGGCUGGUAACAGUGUUGGGUACAUAACUACAUUUACGAUAUUAUUGCAUGAAGUUCCUCAUGAAAUUGGUGACUUUGCUAUUCUGAUACAAAGUGGAUGUAGCAAGCCAAAGGCCAUCAUGUUACAAUUAGUAACAGCUGUUGGUGCUUUGCUAGGAACAUAUAUUUCCCUUCUUGCUGGUGGAAUGGGUGACCUGACCACCAAAUGGGUCCUUCCUUUCACAGCUGGAGGCUUUAUUUAUAUCGCGAUGGUAUCUGUGAUUCCUGAAUUAUUAGUUAAUACAAAAUUGUGGCAAUCAAUUAAAGAAGUCAUUGCUAUGUUUGUUGGAGUGUAUAUGAUGGUGCUUGUUGCACAGUACGAAUGAAUCAGUGAACUCUAAGAGAACUUUUCAUGCUUUUUUAUGUUUGUAUUAUAUACUUUACUUGUAAUUAAUGAAGAAUAAUAUUUUAUAAUGAAACAUCACAUUUAUCCAAUGAAUUGAAAAAAAUAUCAUUAAGUUAAGAUGUUCUGUAUGUGUUCUCAGAACACUUUUUAUUUACAAAUACCAGAGAGACAUAUUUUAGAUUUCAACUGUUAAACUGAUAAAUAGCUUUAAACCAUAUAUGCAUUGGUGAAACUUAAUGUAUGUACAUACAUGUGUAUAACAUAUGUGAAUUGUACUUAAAGAAAUUUUAUCUAAUUCCCAGUAACAAGAUCUGACUAAUAAUGAAACUUUUAGCUUUGAUAUAACAGAAAUCCAAGCUGCAUGCUUCCAUUUGUUGCUAUAAAAUACAUUUUAAUGGCGUUACUUCGGCUAGAAUAAUUCUAUUCUUGUACGUGUUUUUCGAAAAAAUAAAAUAAUAAUAUAACAAAAUAA